GUUCGCGGUAGUUUCUUGCGCAGGCGCAGUGGCUUCACCAUGGCGGAAUUGAUUUCUUUCGUGGUUCCCACCCAGAGUGACAAAGUUUUGCUGGUGUGGGAGCUGAGCGCUGGUCCCCCAGCCGAGGCCUUAAGACAUUCUCUGUCUGCAGCGUUCUCCCAGUUUGGCCUUCUGUAUUCAGUCCGAGUCUUCCCGAACGCCGCGGUGGCCCGCCCCGGCUUCUACGCCAUCAUCAAGUUUUACUCGUCAAGGGACGCGCAGAGAGCCCAAAGGGCCUGCGACGGGAAGCCUCUCUUUCAGACUUCGCCAGUGAAGGUUCGUCUCAGCACUAGACAUAAGGCCCUGCGACAUCAGGCCUUUGCCCUAAACAGCUCACGGUGUCAGGAACUGGCAAAUUUCUACUUUGGCUUCAAUGGAUGGUCAAAAAGGAUCCUCAAGCUGCAGGAGCUCCCUGGAGCGGAGGACGAGGCCUUGCGGCCCGGGCGGAAGCAGAGCCUCAAGUUCUUCUGUGCUGUUGAGGUGGUGCUGCCGGCCUAUGGAUGCAGGAGCCCUGGAGUCAGCAUCGCUGACGAGCCUCUGCACCAGCUGGAAGAAGGACAGCCAUCGUUUCUCAUGAGGAGGAAGACCGCUCAGAAGCUCGCGAUCCAGAGCGCCUUGUCAGACGCCUUCCAGAAGCUGGCCAUCGUGGUUUUAGAAAGUGGCAAGGUCGCGGUGGAGUACAUUCCCAGUGAAGAGUCCAUAGAUGCCGAAAGUGAGGAAGAGCUACAGAGUUUAAUCCAGGUCAGCUCCUUUCCUUGGAAUCAGCCCGGCCAAAGGGAGGAGGAAUGUCUCUCCGAUUUCAGCUUGGAAGAGGAAGAACCCGAGCUGAUACCAGGGUCUCUUGGCAGAUAUACCCUGAAUCAGAUCAGUGGUCUGUUCCACCCCAGAAUGUGCCCUGCUAGCCAACUCGAAUCCCAAGGCUCUCAAAGGUGGUUCCGGUGCUAGGAGGGAUCAGAACAGGGCUCUGCUGAAAGAAUCGGUGUCGGCUCAGGACCCCCAAGACCAAGUUCUCAGGACAAAGGAGAUUUAUCUGCCCCAGAAGGACAAAGAACAGGGAAUAAGAGACAAAGACAGGAGACAGAGGAUGAAGGGGAAAGGAAUGGGUGGGGGGGGGG